AUGGGAUUCUCAGAUAUCUAUAAGUUUCUGAGCUCAACAAACUCAGAGAAGGUCCCAGAGGAUAAUUUCGAGAACCAGAGUCAACUAAGUUCUAAUUCUGAAAAGGAAAUUGCAGUUAUACAAACCGACCAUAAUGUUAAAGAAAUAGGAAUAGUCUCUGCCUCGUUCUUGAUGCUCAAUAGAAUGUUGGGAGCUGGAAUCUUUAGCACAUUAUCCGUUAUCUUGUCCCUUUCAAACAGUGUUGGAACAGCUCUCAUCUUGCAAUUGUGUGGAAGUUUGAUCGCCCUAACAGGAUUAUUGGUUUAUUGUGAAUUAGGAGUUGCGCUACCACGUAACGGAGGUGAAAAAAAUUAUCUUGAAUACAUGUUCAAAAAGCCAAAGUUCUUGAUUACAGCCAUGUAUGCUUCAUACGUCUUCUUCCUUGGCUGGGCUGCUGGCAAUUCACUUGUGGUGGCUGAGUACCUCCUUAACGCAGCUGGCGUUGAACCAGGUCAAUGGAAUUCUAGAGGUAUUGGUGUUGCUAUAAUUACUUUUGCUUUUUUGAUAAAUGCAAUAAAUGUUAAAGCCGGUUUAUUUUUAGCUAACGCUUUAGGGGUAUUUAAGAUUGCAAUAGUUUUAUUUAUUUCAGUAACAGGUUGGGUUGCAUUAGGUGGGGGAAUUAAAACAAAUAACUUUCAGCCAACUGGUAAUUUUCAUAAUGCAUUUAGUGGUCCAGCACCAACAGGAUUUGGAGUUGUCAAUGCAUUAUAUAAUGUUAUUUGGUCAUAUGUUGGUUACUCAAAUGCUAAUUAUGCUUUAGGUGAAAUAAAAAAUCCACACAAAGUAUUGAGAGUAGCUGCUCCUACAGCUUUCAUUGGUUUAGCCAUUAUUUAUAUGUUUGUUUAUAUUGCAUAUUUUGCAGUUGUACCAAAAGAAGAAAUUGCUAGUUCAGGUAGAAUUGUUGCGGCUUCAUUUUUCAAAUAUGCUUUUGGAGAUACAGCUGAAAAGGCUGCUUCAGUUUUUGUUGCAUUAUCAGCUUGGGCAAAUGUUAUGUCAGUUAUUUUUUCACAAGGUAGAAUUAUUCAACAAUUGGGUCGUGAAGGUGCUUUACCAUUUUCAAGAUUUUUUGCAACUUCUAAACCAUUCGGUACUCCAUUUGUUGGUUUGUUCCAGCAUUGGAUUGUUUGUAUUGUUACAAUGUUAGCUCCUCCACCAGGUGAUGCUUAUAAUUUUAUAUUAAAUUUAAUUUCAUAUCCAUUAAAUGUUGUCAAUACUGCAGUGGCUGGUGGCCUACUUUUCAUUUAUUAUAAAAGAUAUAAAGGUCAAGCAGAAUGGAAUCCCCCAAUUAAAGCUAGUGUUCCAGUAAUCAUCUUUUUUUUCCUUGCUUCAUUAUAUUUAAUUGUUGCACCAUAUAUUCCACCUCAAGGUGGUCAAAAAGUAUAUAAUGAUAUGCCAUAUUGGAUUCAUGCUGUUGUGACUUGGGGUGUUUUUGGAAUUGGAUUUGCAUAUUGGCUUGUUUGGGUUAAAAUUUUACCAUACUUUGGUGGUUAUAAAUUGAUAGCGAAAGAAAUCCUUGGUGAUGAUGGAUUUUGGAGAAAUAAAAUUUAUAAAGUGUCAAAAGAUUCAAUUGAUGCUGAUGUUACUUCUGAGAUUCAAGAUGGUGGAGAAAUUGUUCAUUAA